GUUUCCACCUAUAAGUUGGUUGGAUAGCUCUAUCUCUGCCAGCCGCUGCUGGUUGAAGAGGAUGAGGUCUCUCGUUGGGUCAUGUUGUGCGAUGUCAGAAAGGUACAAAUUUCUGAAUGUUUACACCGGCCUGUUUGAUUUUCAGCUGAGGAGAGAACCCAAAGGAAAGGCUACCUUGAUAGUCCAGUCUUCAGCCUUCAUGCUGUCUUUUUCCAUCACCUCCUUUCUUCUGUUAUUUUGUGUUCUGAAUAUUGGAAGCUGUGAGAACUAUAACGAUCUGAAAAAGCUGGAAACAGAGUUUGCCCUCACUCUUUACCAAAAGCUAGCAGAACGUAAUAAUAGAACGAAUCUUGUCCUCUCACCAGCAAGCAUUUCUUUUUCUUUGGGACUUCUGCAAUUUGGAGCUCGUGGAAAAACCUUUGGACAACUGGAACACGCUUUGGGAUACAGCUUUCGGGAUGAGAACGUCCAGGACUUCUUGCGCACAGCCUACAAAGGAGGAAUUAAUUCCAACCAAAGUACUCUAGUGCACUUGGCAUGUACCCUUUUUGUUCAAGCUGGGAUGCAGCUUUCACCUCCAUUCAUUCAGCAGGCUGCAUGGUGGGGAAAUAACACAGUGCAGCAAACGAACUUCAGCGAUCCUAACAGGACCGAAGCACAAAUCAGGGAAUGGAUUACCCAGAAUACAGGAGAAGCAAGCUGCCUGUCCUUGGACACAGUUGAGUCUCCCCUUAACCAGAUAGCCGUGGUAAGCACCAUGAACUUCAGGAGCAGGUGGCAAAGGAAAUUCACUUUCACACACACACAAGCUUUAUCCUUUACCACUCCAAGUGGCAUCACCUUGAAAGUGCCUACCAUGUAUCUCAGAGCUGAAGUCAAUUAUGGUGAAUUCCUAGUAGGCUCUCUGGAUCAGAUCAGUGUGGUUGAAAUACCUUAUCUGGAGGAGAAGGUUAGCAUGUUUGUGGUGCUUCCAUCCAACAGGAGAACCUCUUUAGCCAGGAUUGAGACUCACCUCUCGGCUCAAACCUUCUCUCUGUGGUCCAGCACGUUGAGAAGAACAGCAAUGGAUAUCUUUCUCCCUAGGUUCAAAAUUCAAAACCACUUGGAUUUAAAGAUAAUUUUACCUGCAUUAGGAAUUACAGACAUGUUUAAGCAAACUGAAGCCAAUUUUAAGGGCAUUUCAGAACAAGGAGGUCUUUAUAUCUCGGAGGUUGUCCACAAAGCAAAGAUUGAAGUGACAGAAGAUGGUACUAAAGCCUCAGGCACUACAGCUAUGGUGUUGUUAAAAAGAUCCAGAGCUCCUGUCUUCAAAGCUGACAGACCUUUUAAUUUCAUUCUAAGGCAAGCCAGAACAGGUUCAAUUCUGUUCAUAGGAAGACUUACAAAUCCUACACUCUAAACUUAAAAUUAAUCCAUCUACCCGUCUACUUUUCCAAAGCCACUGAGGCAAUACUAUACAUAUCUAAGUAGCACACUUGAUCUUGGAUUUUUUUUUCUUUUAAUAAACCUGUAAUCCCUUGCAUCAGGGUGACUGAACAGUGCUCAAGAGUUUACUGACUGGAUGCCUUUCCUGCCACCUAUGCAGAGUUCACAGCAGACAAUUACUGAUUGAACACACAGAGAGAAAUAUCUGCCGCUACCUAGAAUCCAACGCACAACCUCCUAAUUUUGAGGCAACAGCUCCACCUCUAGGCUACCACACUACUCACAUUUCAUCUUGGAAUAUCCAGAGGAAAUUAUGGGAACAAUAAAUUAUAAUAGUUUUUUGAGGGGAGAGGAUGGGUAGCUUCAGUAACGACGAAAAUAAGGAAAUGAUGACCUGUGAUGCUACCAAGUUUAAUUCAAGCAUAUUAAAAAGAAUGGUGACAGUGGGAAAGGACUGAAGCAUAGGCACCAUAUAUAGUAAUGGCUUGGCCUUUCCUUCUUUCACUAAGCCACUACUUCUCAGCCAGGUGUCUUCUUGAUGUGACUCAUGCAUAUCAUUCCAGCUAGUCUGCAUUUGGUGACACAAUGCUGGGGAAGAACAACUGGAGGAAAAACAGCUUUUACUGUCUUAAGAGUGUGUUUCAAAGCAGGAAAAAUUCAACACAUCCAGAAGACAUAGAGUUGAAGAAACCAAUGCUGGGUAUAUGAUAUCCCUAAAGUCUGCAUCCCCAAAACUUGGAUACAACACACAAAAUUUUUCCAAAGUUUCUAACACGUUCUAAUUCAUUCGUGCUAGUAGGACCAAGCAUUUGAAGUAAUAGUUGUGUUUGUUUAUUUUUAACCAAAUGAUCAAACCAAAUUCAGGAAAAAUUUGGUUUGGUCUGAAUCCCAUUUUCAUAGCCAAAAAUGAAUACUAAGAAUAGAGGCUGAGAGAUUUUUCUAUGGCAAACGAUGCUGACAGUUUUUCCUUCAGUUAUUUCUCAACCCCAGUAAAACAAAUGGGAAACUCCUUUUGCCAAUGAAAUGACUCUAGGGUUAGGUUAGGCUUAUGUCUACUUGGACUUGUGCCCAAAAACUAAUGCUAGGGAUAGAUUCUUAACGGUUUUCUAAGGAAAGUGAUAUUGCUAGCUUUUCAUUUGGAUUUCUUGUGGACCACAGUAAAACACAUUUGGAAAUCCCGUUGCCCAUGAAAAUGAAAGAUGGGAUUAGGGUUAGGGUUAAGGUUAGGUCUACUUGGAGUCAUGGCCAAAACUAUUGGUAGGGAUAUAUUCUUAGCAGUUUCCUAAAGAAAGAAAUGGUGGCAACUUUUUGUUCAGAGUUGUUUCUUUUUUUUUAAUUUUGCAUUUAUAUCCCGCCCUUCUCCGAAGACUCAGGACGGCUUACACUUUGUCAAGCAAUAGCCUUCUGGACCGCAGUAAAACAUAUGAGAAAAAUCCUAUUGACAAUGAAAAUGAAUCUAGGGUUAGUUAGGGUUUGAUCUACUUGGAGUUCAUUUGGAACUCUUUUGUGGGCCUGUGUGGGGCUUGUGCAGUGGGGCUGCCAGUAUUUGCUGAAAGGGCAAUGCUGAUGUCUAUUUGAAAAAAAAGUUUUAUAUUCCUAACGAAAGGUUAUUCUCCAAUGUUUACCAUAUUUUUCGGAGUAUAAGACACACCUUUCCCCCCCCCCAAAAAGAGGGUGAAAAUCUGGGUGCGUCUUAUACUCCGAAUAUAGCCCUGCCCAGCUUCUCAAACUGAGGUUUCAGAGGCUGAAAAAAACAUCAGAAAAGAAACUUCAGAAAAGAAGCCUCCAAACAGAGCUUCAGAGGCUCUUUUUCUGAAGCUGUUUCAGAGGCAGAAAAAAAAGUUUUUUCUGAAACAGAGUUUCAGAAAUUUCAGAGGCAGAAAAAAAGCCAAAAAAAGCAAGGCUCAGAGCUCACAACCAAGGAACCUGUUGCUAAAAUUCACCUCUGUGAACAGCUGAUUGGGGGUAUUCCUGGAGGCCUAUCCACCCGCCAAUCAGCUUUUUUCUUAUUUUCCUCCCCAAAAACUAAAGUGCGUCUUAUACUCCGAAAAAUAUGGUAUAUCAUUUGGGUUGUUAUUGCUGGUAUUUGCAAAUAAAGUCUACUAUUUGAAUGGAUUUUGAUGAUAGUGCAUUAUAGACUUAUUUUUGAGUUAUCUUGAUUGAGUCAAUGUGAGUUUGUAAUAAUUCUGAUGCUGUUUAUUUUUUGGGGGGGGGGGACCCAUUGAACUCAAUAGAACAACUUCUGAAUAAAAUAUUUAAGAACUGGUCUGAUCUCAGCAUUCUUUUGGUGAUUUCUUCAUCCCUCAGAAUUGGCAUGCUUGCUUGCUAAAUUGCAGCGGCUUUUUUAAAAAUAACUAUAUGUCCUCUUAGUGGUUUUGCUGAUGGUUGAAGGAAUCCAACCAAGAAAUCAGCCAAAAGGGGUUUCUGACCUUCCUUUUGUAUCGCCAGUAGAGCCUUUUUUGAACCAGUAAAACACAACUGAACAACUGAAUGAAGAAGUCCAGAUCAUCUCUUCACAAGUGGCAUCUUUAGAAGCUUAUCCAGAAGCUCUUAAUUCUGGUUUUGACUGGAUUGCUCCAAAGGGGGAAAAAUACAACAUCAUCAUUUAAAUUAACAUUAUUAAUCCUGCAAACUAUUAUAGAUUCAUAUUAACAACAAGGUUCAUGAUGCAUCUCAAUUUACUUUAUAUGAUAAAAUGUCUGCCCAGUGUGGAAUAUUGUGAUAUUGUAAUAGGACUCUAAUGUUAUAAUGGUAUUAUAUAUUGCAAUGGCACCUGAUAUUGUAACGAUAUUUGCUGACAUAAGAUUUCAUGUAGCAGAUAAAAAAAUAGCUUUUUCCCAAACAUCAAUAUCUGUGAUGUUCCCAGUCAAACUCUGAAUACUGAAUUGGAUGGAGAUAAUGCUGUAUUCCAAAAAGACUAAUCUGAGCCAUUAGUUAACAAUCUUCACCAUCAUAAUUAACAGAACAGCAGCCUUCCUUCCUUCCUAUCAAAAUAAUCAACUUUUACUCCAUAUGAUGAUUAUGCAUGUAUCUAACUGGGCCAGAAGGAAGCGUUAUUUUAGGUACAGGAACAUUUGUCAUCUUUAUGCUUUAUUCAAAAUAUAUUUCAACUGCAUGCACUCAAGUGGAUUUGAGAUAGCUGGGCAAAGUCCAUUAUGUGCAACCAUCUGGGCACACUGGGCUAUUCCUUUUUCCAUCCCAUUACAGCCCGCCCUGCUCUCCCAACUUGCAUGCAGAGCCAGCCAGCUGAGACUCUGGAAAAAGUUCAGAGAAAAGCAACUAAAAUGAUCAAAGGCCUGGAGACUAAAACAUAUGAAGCACAGCUGCAGGAUUUGGGUUUGGCUAGUCUAAAGAAAAGAAGAAUUAGGAGUGACAUGAAAGCCGUAUUCCAGUACUUGAGGAACUGUCACAAAGAAGAGGGGGUCAAAUUAUUCUCCAAAGCGCCAGAGAGCAGGACAAGAAACAAUGGAUGGAAACUAAUCAAGGAGAGAAGCAAUCUGGAAUUAAGGAGAAACUUCCUAAGCGUAAAGACAAUUAAUCAGUGGAACAGCUUUGCCUUCAUACUGUAUACUGCACGAAUCAAGAAGAAGGCCGUGAAAAUAUUUACAGAUCCCUCACAUCCAGGACAUAAACUGUUUCAACUCCUACCCUCAAAACGACACU